AUGGAGCAGCAUCUUGUGAAACUGAUCGAUGAGGAAGACUCUGGGCAGCGAGAGAUCCAAAGAGGCGUGCGUGCCUUCUAUGUCGGCCAUGAACAUUCCAAUAUGUCUUUCCUUAUUCGCCAGCAACGAGAUCAAGAUGACGAUGUAUAUCAUUUUGCAAGCAACGAAAUCCCCCGUCGGCAGAUAAAGACUGGCCAUGAUCAGCUUUUGAUGGAUGCAUUGACUUUACCAGAGCCAGCUUUAGCAGAUGAGCUUGUUCAAGCUUAUUUCACAUAUGUCAACCCGGGCUACCCAAUUAUCGACGAAGAUCUGUUCAUGACACAAUACCGAAAUCGAGACCCCGCAGAUCCUCCGCCAGUUCUGCUCCUUCAGGCAAUUUUAUUAAUCGGUGCACAUGUCACUCGCCGGAAGCCUGAUCGUGAUACAUUGAAAGAGAUCUUCUUUCGACGGACAAAGUAUCUUUUCGAUAAUCGAGUCGAGCGAAAUCGGGAUAUUCUCGUUCAGACGGCAUUACUCUUAACUUGGCACUCGGAUAGUGCUGAUGAUGAUGUGGCUGCAAACGCUCAUUUCUGGGUCGGUGUAGCUGCUCGCAUUGCCACGGGCCUCGGUAUGCAUAGGAAUCCAGUAUCGAGUCGUUUUGUUACCCGAGAUCGGCGAAUGUGGCGGAGAGUCUGGUUCAUCCUUAUUCAAUUCGACGUGAUGGUGUCUUUGUCGUAUGGUCGACCACAAGCGAUGUGA